GGGGCGGGGCGGGGAGCGAGCGAGGGGCGGCCGGGCCAUGGGGAACCUGUUCGGCCGCAAGCGGCGGAGCCGCGUCACGGAGCAGGACAAGGCCGUGCUGCAACUGAAACAGCAGCGGGAUAAACUGAAGCAAUAUCAGAAACGGAUAACUCUGAAUCUGGAAAGAGAGAGAUCUGUAGCCUGGCAGCUGCUGAAAGAUGGCAAGAAAGAAAAAGCCAAGUUAUUGCUAAAGAAGAAGCGCUACCAAGAGCAGCUGCUAGAUAAAACAGAAAACCAGAUCAGCAACCUGGAACGCAUGGUCCAGGAUAUUGAAUUCACCCAGAUUGAAAUGAAGGUGAUUGAAGGCCUGAAAAUUGGCAAUGAAUGUCUGAAUAAAAUGCAUGAGGUCAUGUCAAUAGAAGAAGUGGAAAGAAUAAUAGAUGAAACCCAAGAUGCUGUGGAAUAUCAAAGGCAAAUCGAUGAAAUGUUGGCUGGCAGCUUCACCGAAGAAGAUGAAGAUGCCAUUUUAGAAGAAUUAAAUGCCAUUACUCAGGAACAGCUCGAGCUCCCUGAAGUUCCCACUGAGCCACUCCCGGAAAAGAUCCCAGAAGCAUCACCUGUCAAGAUCAGGGCCAAGCCAGAACUGGUGGCAGCAUCUUAAUUCCACUCCGGGGGACAACCCCAAAUAACUUCCAUCAUGAACAGUUUGGAAUCCCAGCAUGCCCUGGGAACAGGAAACGCCUCAGUAACAUCCCAGCUGUGCUGGGCGAAUGUGCUGGAGUGAGGUUUCCUGCGCAGGGCAGGAAAUCUCAGCAGAUUAUCGCUCUUGUAUCAAGAUUAUUUUCUAGUGCUUUCUUUUUGUAAUUUAAAUUCUAAACUCACUCAGCUGCGCUGUCUCUGGAUUAAACAGGGACUUUAAAACUUCCAAAGCCAGAUGCUUUCUACAGGCUGCUUUCAAGUGCAAAUCUGCCUGUGCAACCAGCGCUGCCAUUACUGAUCUGUUAGAAGCCCAUGUGCUGGUCUUGGAACACUGGAGUGAUAAAAAUGGUUUUCAUAGUCACUGUGUUACACUGCACUGCUAGGAACCCAUCAGACCUUCCCUUUGGCUGUGAUCCUGUGUCCCUCUGAUCUUCCUCCUCUGGCUGGGGCUCCACUGUCUAAAUCAGACUGUCUGGCUUGGCACUGGGAUCUGAGAGGUCGCUCUAGGGCAUGGGCAGCAUGCAGCCAAGUUGAGCGCAAGCAUCACUUCUGACCUGCAGGCAGUGACACUGUGGGUAGCGACAGCCUCUCUGCUGAAGGAGAAGCCUUUAGGGGUGAGGAGAAAAGUUUUACUACUUCAAAUCUCUUGCAGCUCAAGCACCCUUGAGUGAGGUGUAGUGAAGCUGUUAUGACGCUGGGCCCGGCACAAAAGUGGGUUUGGUGAGGCUGCCAGCAGAGAACUUCCUCCCGUUGACUCUCAUUUUAAAACUUGCUUAUUUGGGAGGCCAACGGUCUUCUGGGCUGGGAUCUCGGUGCACUCGACAGGGCGAUUGGCCUGAUUUACAAUAGGCCGCAACAGCACUCGUGAGAGAGAAGUUGCUCUGCAGUGAGAUGGAAGAGGCCAAGUCUCCUACCAGGCCACGAGUCAGAAUAGGCCAGACCUGGUCAGACCUCGCACUGUUGCCCAUUUGCCUUUGGAAACCUGUGGUGCUAGGUGUGACUGAGCAGAACGUAAGUUCUAGGAAUCUGAUGAACCUCUUAAAACUAGAACAGGGACUCACUGGCUUAGGAUGCUGCUCUGCUCCCCACCAGAGGUGGACUCAUCUUUGCAAGAUGCAGAUGGAUUGAAAUGGCUUCUGCUUUCAGAUAUCAGCACUCCCCAUUCUGUGUCGUGUGUGUGUGUGUGUGUGUGUGUGUGUGUGUGUGUAAAGCGUGAGUGGGUAUGAACAGGUGAUUGAUUCUGUAUAUGGGAACAAAGUGUGUGGUUUCUUAAAUUAUCACCACAAAGAUCCUGUGUACUUUUAUUUCCAUGUUUGCAAAAAGAAGUUAAAAGUGUGAUUUCACUGAGAUGCAGGGGACAGCUCUGCACUUCCCCAUGGUGCAGAAGGAUACAGGACAGGGUGGCUGAUGAAUCAGACAGAAAGCUGAGGCCCAGGCUGCAAAGCCUGAAUGGUGCUUACUCUCUGUCCUGACUGACCUUGUGUUCGCAGAAACUUUGUCCCUGGGCUGGUAGGUUGCAUCUGGGUUUAUCUGUCCUUGGAAACCAGCAUGCUCUGCUGGGUGUCUGCAACCUCGGCUUGUCAGCCUGAGCAGUGCCUGCCACCAACAUACUGUCCCUUGCUUGAACACACACCCUUCAAUUCACCCUCUCUGCAAUGGGGCCCUGAGAUGUAAGAUAGCCAGAGAGCUCUUUGGGUGCUGCUAGGUGAAUGCUUCUGGGGGAAUAUGCGACUUGGUGCUAGAUAAUAAAUAUUCCCAGGGGCUGUGCCGCUUUCCAGUAGCGAAGGGCCAACAGCAAAAGUCCUCCUUUAAAAUCAUGUUCUCCCUGAUUCUGUGUGUGGGGAACUCCAAGGACUGGGCUCUGAACUGUCUCACUCCUGCAAGAAAUGGGAGUCUCCUAGGUGGCAGGCCCCUUGGAACUUGAUAUGUUCAGGCUUUUAGCAGGGGAUCCCUAUUUGUUUUUUCCAACAAAGCCAAGGCCCAAAUGGUGCUGGGAGAUCCCUCACCCUCACAGCAGCCUGAGCCCUCCGGGGACUCUGUUUUUCAUGGUGAAAGUGGCACUGCUGUUACGGGUCAUUUAACCCAGUUCUUUCUGGAGCCAACAGAUCAGGGCUAACAUGUUCCCCUUUCUAUGUGUGUCAUCUUAGUCCUCUCUGGAGCCACCAGGGAACUGGCCCUUAAGCCCGGCUUUGACAGGCAAGAGCUAAAGUGGGUGAGUCAGGUCUUUACUUUUAAAAUAAAUGGGGAGGGGGUGUAGACUUUGUUGCCAGUUCAAGUCUUUGAAUGUUGUGUAGUAUGCGUGUUUUCAGGGUUGUCACCAUGUUGGUCCUGGGAUAUGAGAGAGACAAGGUGGGUGAGGGAAUCUCUUUUAUUGGACCAACUUCAGGUGGUGAGAGAGAUGGUUUUGAGCCAGACAAUGCUCCUGUUAAGGUCUGGGAGCAGUACUCCGAGUGUCACAGCUAAGUCCAAGGUGGAAGAGAUAGUUUAGCAUAAGCAGUUAACAUGUUGUGAGAGACCAAAGGUGUUAGCAGGCCAGGUCACUUGGAGUUGUCUCUUACAAUACGUUUAGCAUAAGCAGUUAUCUGUUCCACCUUGUAUCUAGCCGUGAUCUCCGAGUACCUUUCCCAGACCUGAAGAAGAGGUCAGUGUAAGCUUGAAAGCGUCUCUCUCACCACCAGAUCUGGUCCAAUAAAACAGUGGUUCUCUUCUUUCAUUUGCGGACCCCUAAAUGUUUUUUGAAUGGGGUGCAGACCCCUUUGGAAAUCUGUGGUUGAAUUCUGGUCAGUCAGUUUUCAGUCUGUCUUUUGCAGUCCCCUUAGACAUUGUCCAUGGGCCCCCUCGGGUCCGCAGAGCACAGGUUGAGACCCACUGCACUAAAAGACCCUCAUCCACCUUGUGUCUGCAAUAUGCACGUUCUCCACCAGAGGGAGCUCUGUCCUCACAAGCUCAGUGUGUUUGUGUGUGUGUGUCUGUUUUGAAGAACACAAUCUGUAUGUAUCAUUUAAUCUCUCACUAGUUCCCUCUGUCAGCUACUCUCAUUUCACCCUCGCUGACUCAUUCUGUCCAACUGGAGUAGAUGCUGGACUGGCAAUGGAGAAGAGUGCAAGGCCUUUGCCAAUGGUGCAGUGCUUUUUCCCCGUCAGUAUUGUGAGCACGCUCCGUCAGGUGGGGCUAUCGCUUAUCACUGUGUCAGAGGAGAGAUGGAAACACACUUCUGCUCUGACUCUGGGCUUUGGUGAAUGGCGUGCUAACAAAGGCCGUGCAAGCCAGGCUUAGGGGAGUUAGCACCCUUGCAGUGUCAGGUGCACUGAAGUGCCAGGAAGGGACCUAAAUGUUCUGCUAUCCUCUGUGGUCUUUUGCUCAUGACCCUUUUUUGGGUUCAUAUCCCAGACAGGCAGUUGGGUGAGCACUGAAGGGGUUAAUGCAGCAUGCUGCGUUGGUCAGACAGUGAAAUGACCACUUCCUGAUCUGCCAACCCUUUCCUGUUUCAAUCCCUGUAUCUAACAGCUUGUGCUGCGGGUCUCCUUGGGAGGAAAAGCCAGGAGGGGUGUGGUGGUGUUGUAACAAUAAAGUAUUUCUAAUGGUUUCACCAA